UAGGCUGCGCGCCUGUCGCCCCCGAUCGGGUCCGCCCGCCCGCAGCGUCUCGUUGGUGCUGCCGGUGACCUCCGACCCCGCGACCGCGGGGCGGGGCGGGGAGGCCUUAGCUCCGGGCGGGCGGCGGCAGCUGCAACGGGACCCGGGAGCGGGGCCCGGCGCCGCCCGGGCCGCGGGGCGAUGACCUGGAACAGAUAAUCCAGGUGAGCCCCAGGUGUGUCCCAGAGGGAUCCAGGUGACUUCUCUGCAGACUACCUACCAUGACGCCCCACCAAGAACAGGGGGAAUAAAGUGGGGGUCCUUCCCCAUGCCCCUCCCAUGGUCAGCUCCCCAAUGGCCUGGGUGAGGGCGGACUGGCUGCUCUGACACCAUGGGGAGCUGCUGCAGCUGCCUGAACAGAGACAGCGUCCCAGACAACCACCCUACCAAGUUCAAGGUGACGAAUGUGGAUGACGAGGGGGUGGAGCUGGGCUCCGGAAUCAUGGAGCUAACACAGAGCGAGCUGGUGCUGCACCUGCAUCGGCGCGAGGCUGUCCGCUGGCCCUACCUCUGCCUGCGGCGCUAUGGCUAUGACUCCAACCUCUUCUCCUUUGAGAGUGGCCGCCGGUGUCAGACGGGCCAGGGGAUAUUCGCGUUCAAGUGCUCCCGGGCCGAGGAGAUCUUCAACCUGCUUCAGGAUCUGAUGCAGUGCAAUAGCAUCAAUGUGAUGGAAGAGCCAGUCAUCAUCACCCGCAACAGCCACCCGACUGAGCUCGACCUCCCUCGGGCCCCCCAGCCUCCCAAUGCUCUAGGCUACACUGUCUCCAGCUUCUCCAAUGGCUUCCUUGGCUGCCCAGGGGAGGGCCCGAGAUUCUCAGCACCCCGGCGCCCCUCAACGAGCAGCCUGCGACACCCCUCGCUUGGGGAAGAGUCCACUCAUGCCCUCAUUGCCCCUGAUGAGCAGUCCCACACCUAUGUCAACACGCCAGCCGGUGAGGAUGACCACCGCAGGAACCGGCAUUGCCUGCAGCCCCUGCCUGAGGGCCAGGUGCCCUUCCCCCCGCAGGCCCGGGGCCCUGACCCACGGGACCCCCAGGUGUUCCUGCAGCCGGGCCAGGUGAAGUUUGUGUUGGGCCCAACCCCUGCUCGGCGGCACAUGAUGAAGUGCCAGGGCCUCUGCCCCAGCCUGCAUGACCCCCCGCCCCACAACAACAACAACGAGGGCCCUUCCGAGUGCACUGCCCAGCCCAAGUGCACCUAUGAGAACGUCAGUGCGGGGCUGCGGCCAGGGGCUGGCUGGAGACUGAGCACGGAGGAGCCAGGCUGGAAUGGCCUUGCCCACCGCCGGGCGGCCCUGCUGCACUAUGAGAACCUGCCCUCCCUGCCCCCUGUGUGGGAGAGCCACGCCCAGCAGCUGGGGGAGGAGGCUGGGGAUGACGGAGACUCGAGGGACGGGCUCACUCCCUCCUCCAAUGGCUUCCCUGAUGGUGAGGAGGAUGAGACCCCGCUGCAGAAGCCCACCAGCACCCGGGCUGCCCUCCGUAGCCAUGGCAGCUUCCCUGUGCCGCUGACCCGCCGCCGAGGCUCCCCGAGGGUCUUCAACUUCGAUUUCCGCCGGCCGGGCCCCGAGCCCCCCAGGCAGCUCAACUACAUCCAGGUGGAGCUGAAAGGCUGGGGUGGAGACCGCCCCAAGGGGCCCCAGAACCCCUCGGUCCCCCGAGCCCCUGUGCCCACCACCCACCCUGCCCGCAGCUCAGACUCCUACGCCGUGAUUGACCUCAAAAAGACCGUGGCCAUGUCCAACCUGCAGAGGGCGCUGCCCCGAGACGAUGGCACUGCCAGGAAAACCCGGCACAACAGCACCGACUUGCCUCUGUAGGGACUUCCUUCCUCAUGCUCCGCCUCACGCUCCUGUCCCCUGAACCCACACCCCGGGGUUCAAGGUUGCUUUGCAGAAGGGCAUUGAGGUGGAACCAGAUGCUUCCCUGCGCUGGCUGGGGUCCCCAAAGAUAUCAGCCACUGAGUCUCCUGGUCUCCAAGUUGGGGAGAAGAAGGGUGACCAGGCGAGGAGGGAGCUGUGACGUAAACUGUGAAGGGUUCCUGUGAUGCAUUUAGUGCCCUCCCGUUAUGUCCAUUUGUCUUGUCUGUCGUCUGUGUGUUUUCUUUAGUUGAAAUUUGGAAACAUUUUGUACCUGUUGAUUUUAUUUAUCAGUUUAUUUUUCUAUUUAUUGUUUUAAAUGUAAUUUAACAUAUUUAUUAUUAAUAUAAUUAUUUUUAAAUUCUG